UGGGUGCGAUGUCACAGCGACGAAUUCCGUACAAGACAGUCGUAUUACGUUCCCUAGCUAUUUAAAGUCGUUAAAGAAAAGAAAUAGUUACGUAACCCUUCUUCGAAUAGCCUCGCGUUCGCACUGUUCGCAGUGCACAAUUUUUUUCUCAAUAGCGCUCCCCAGAUAGUUCCCUAGAAAACUCCCUAGUGGGAGAGAGAUAUAAAAAUUGAGAGAGAGAGAUGUGCACAUGGACGCAGAUCGUGCGGAGCGUAUUGCGGAGUGAGCCGUAACGUAGUCUUGUGGAGCAAUAAUUUUUUCCUAACAGUGCGUUAACGGAUAGAGUUUUCAAAACAACAUAGGAUGUACUAAUAGCUCCUCAAAAUUCACAGUCUUUAGGUGACCUAGAAAUUUACAGUCAGUCCCCGCCCGUCACCGGAUAAUUGAGCACCGAAGAUCCAUUGCGUAAGUCUUGCAGUGUAUUGAAAAAUGCCUGGAGAUGGUCAUGGCAGUAUGAGAUCGGGCAUGUGGUUCCUGGUCAGCAUUCCAAAGGAAGACACUGAAAAUGCGGCACGCUCUUGCGCGGACAGCCGUGCGACUUUAUCAGAAGAUGACGACCGUGAGAAUUUUCGCGAUAGCAAGGAACAUCUUACUUUGAAGCAGGCACUGGAAGAUUGCCUAGAGUCGUACGGAAUUCGAAAUGCCAUCUGGAAUGCAACAGCCCAAGAUAAAUUCUAUCAGGUGUCCUUUCCGUAUGAAAGCGGAAAACCGACGGAUUGCAUCCUUAGUGACCUGACAUCUCGGGGAAUUGGUUCGAACUAUGACUCAACUAUUGGUGUAUUUCCAUGUCCAAUAUUCUACAGAGCUGUUGAACCAGAAAGUGAUGAUGAGGAACAAAACACGAUAGCUGACGUUAACUAUGAAUCAGGCGAUGAAGCAAAAAAGGAAAAAGAGAAGGAGAGUGGAUUUCGAUCAAUGCAGAAGAAGUUUCUGAAGUCCAUUAAGGCACGCCUUACGGUUGCUCAGGUUGUUGCAGGUGUCAAGGCUCAGGGAGAGCUCACAUUUGAUUUUGUUGCGUUCAUAAUUCUUGCAGGCAUGAUUGCUGCCCUUGGCCUGAUGGACAACAAUGUGGUCUCAAUAAUUGCUGCAAUGUUGGUAUCACCUCUUAUGGGUCCCAUAAUGGCAAUCACAUUUGGCAUCAUAGUUCGUGACACAGCUCUGACAAAACUUGGCUUGAAGACGGAGCUAAUUGGUCUCCUCAUCUGCCUGCUCUUUGGCUUCUUCUUUGGCCUUCUGAAUGCCUUCUGGGGUGACAUACCACCUUACGAAGGCUCCAGUUGGAGUCCAUCACGAUGGCCCAACCCUGAAAUGAGCUCUAGGGGUCACUGGCGAAGCCUCUGGGUGGGGUCCCUGGUGGCCCUGCCAUCAGGUGGGGGCGUUGCCAUGGCAAUUCUAGGCGGGAAUUCUGCAUGCUUGGUGGGCGUAGCCAUCUCUGCCUCUCUCCUGCCACCGAUCAUCAAUAGUGGAAUCCUGUGGUCACUGUCUCUGGUGAAGGUGUUCAAGUCAAUGACCCAAGACCCAAUUGAGGUCAACGUAACGGGGACUACCCUGACAGUGUCCCCGGCCUUCAUAGCACCCAUGGGCUACAGCCCUUACUACUUCGACAAGUACAACAUGCACAAGGAGUGCGCACUGCUGGGAGUCAUCUCCUUCUGCCUCACAGUGGUCAACAUCCUCUGCAUCAUUCUAGCAGGCACACUUGUCCUUAAGAUCAAGGAGAUUGCACCUUCUAAAAGUCUGCAAGGUACUAGAAGGUUCUGGAAGCAUGACAUUAAGGUUGCGAGAGACUACAACAAGACCCUGGGUGGUGCAGCAGCAAGCAACAUGGGCAAACUCCUUGAAGAGUGGAGGAAGCUGGAUGGUAAGAAUGGAGACCCAGCCUCGGCAAGCAGAAAUCUCCAAGACCUUCAGAACAUGAUAGAGGAGGCAGAGGAUGAUGAUGUGUACCAGACAGUUGUGCAGCAGCUGGCCAAUCAUCCUCCACCAAUGAACAUGGUGCGCUACCUAUCAAGGGCACUGUCCACACCUGAGCAAAAGGAGCACCCUGGUGAAGGCCGCAUGAGUGUCUGGGAACUGGAGAGCCUGCUUGGCGGGGAGCCGUCAUCUUCGCAGACAAAGCCCAGGGUCACUUUUAAGCUCAAGCGUAGCAAAUCAGAAACCACGGAAGCAGAUUCUUCGCCAAGCCGUGGAAAGCAGCCAGGUCGCAAGAGGCCGGGUUUCUUUCCAUUUCGUCGUGUGUCACGCUUCCAAGUGUCGAGAGUUCCAAGUGAUGAAGCUUCCACGCGGCAAGAACCCUUGCUGAGCAAGAUGAGAAAGCUCUACCACAGUGCGGAAUCGCCUUCGUGAUCACAAUCACACAAACACAUUGUCAACCUGUAGAGCUGCACGCACUAAGUGAGCCUAAUGGAGGUUGUCUCAGCCGAGUCAGCACUAGUUUCCAUUGUAUUCGUGGCCAUGUGUUGUCUGCUGUAGUGGUCACCGAAAUCUUAGAGCUUUUGUGUUGUCAUGCUAUGUUGCUCUGAUAAUGAUCUCUGCGCAAGGUUCUUACAGUACUGUGUCACUCUUAUUUUUUUACAUUGGGUAAAUUGCAUGUGAACAGUGAUGUGUGUUGCAUCUUGCAGAAAGAUGGGCCAGUUGGAACUUAGGCAUCUGAGGCAUUUCCAGCACUUCAGCGGAAUAAAACAAACACCAUAGAACAGAGAAAAGAUGACAGUACAGGAAGGCUGCUGGUCUUCAAUUGGCUUUACUGCAUUGGAAACUAUGCUCUAAAAUCUCAUGUGGAAAUGUAUUCAAAUGCUCAAAACAUGGCACAUACAUCAUACCAGUUGUCGCACACGAGUAGUACACAUUUGUUGGCAUAGAUAGUCAUUCCUUGAUAGAUAGCCAGUGUCCUUCCCGUUCUGUGAUUUUUUUCUCUGUUCUGUGAUGUUUCAUCUUUAAUGCAAUAAGCAUUCUUUGGGAACUCCACCCAAUUUGUGAUAUGUCGGUCUGUCUGCAUGUCUAUCUCCAUCUAUUUUUAUGCAAACUUGAAUCACUGGGUAGUGCAUGGUCUAAUAGGUAGAGCACGAGCUGCUAUGCUGAGUAAACCAAGUUUUAAUCCAACGAUAGGACCAACUUGGGUCCCUGGAUGGAUAUGUGGCAUCGGUUAUUUGCCGGUCUUCAAUGAUAAAAAAGAGAAUCUUUUAAUAUUUCUCCGGUGCUGCGCGGAAUCGAACAUGCGUCAUGCGAUAAUCAGACAAUCUUGUCUGGAUAAAGAUAGGCACCAUGCGCAGACUUAACGGUGGUGCCGCUAGAUGGCGCAGCAUUUUCUAGAGAGGAAGCGCGAGAGAGGAGCCCAGCUGAAUACACGCCUCUUACAUGACGUGUUUGGGCGGUAGCAAUACAGUGUGUCACUACAUUGCUUCACAGCUAAUUGCAUUAACGUCGGCAUUCAUCAUGAGACGGGUCCUGAUGGAUUUCUUUUUGCCCCUAGGUGCUGAAGUGUCUUGAUUGUAUUUCUUACGUUCUGGGUGUUAUGUUUUGUUGAAACACCAGCUGCAGAUAAACAGGGGUCAAACAAAAAAUGUUGCCAAGAAGUCUUAGCUUUACCAAGGACGAAGACAAGUCUCCUUGUCGAAAUGUUGGCUACAGCCUGGGACAUUCUUUGCUCAGCCACCGUUAAUAACUUCAAGUCUCCAUCAUCCUGUGGAGCCUUUGGCAUUGAUGUAACUUGCCUUCAUACAGUUGAAACUCAAUAUGAAAUAUCUGAAUUUAAUGAAAUUUAUUAUUUCAAUGUUUUUAAUAAUUUCCCAAUUUUAACGUGCUUAACAUUGUGAGCUAAAGAAGUGAAUUUGCAGCACAGUUCUGAUCCAAGUCCUCAGUAAGCUCAUUUGCAUGCGCUGAACGUAGUCGAAGCUUAAUAACCACACUUCUUUAAACAAAAUACUGAGGUUUAAUCUCCAGUAUACCCGCGGACAUAUUUUAGUGCAACGUCAAGCAUUUGACAAGAAACUUUGUUGCUCUUUGAAGAGUUAACCUGAAACUCCUAGUCAUGCUAAUUUUAUAGAAUUCUGAUGUAGGUAAUAGUGAGAUUUAGCUUGUCCGUAAGCUUCUUACUGUUUGCAGAUUACCAGUUUGCCAGAGCUGUGGACAGUAGUAGCAAAGCUGGUAGCAACAACUUGUUAGGAUAUAUGCAUCUACAUAGCAAUGAAAUUUUUUUUUUCUGCAUGAAUGUUCUCAUUAAAGGAAAAUUAUAAAUAGACUUCACGUUAAGGAUUAUGUUGCUACCAACCCUCUAUACCAGCAGUUAAGUAGGAUAUGGUAGAUCACUGCAGUACUAUCUUUCAAGUACACUCUCUGGUUAAGCCGUGCAUCACAAGGUGCCACCAACAGUGUUGUUGCUACCAUACACCUCUCUUGUAACGCAGUAGUCCACAAACGCUGAUAUGUUUACGGAUAAGCUAGAACUCUCUAAUAGCUUGAGCAGAUGCUGAUGCCAUGUAUCCAUUAUGCAGGCUGUUAUGUAGCACAAGUGCCUGCAUUGUGCGCACACCUCUACAUUGUUUGUUCUGAUUGUAAAACUAUUUGAAUUUUCACCAUGGUAGCAUGCUUUUCUUCUUUCAAUGUAUUUGCCUCAUCAUACUGGUUCUUUUUAAUACUACCUGGUUAGUCUACAAGGUGUGUGCUUUAUGAUUUGUCCAGUCUGUUCAAAGAGCUGCUGCAAGAACCGAUGAAAGUGCACAUUCUAUAGUUCAUUGCUGAAGUGGGCAAAGUACUGCUAGAAUAUGCAUACCAUGGCAUGCCAGAUUUGUACAUAUUACUAUAUAGUGUGAUUGGGAAGAUAGUGUGCGAGACAACUUUUUUAGGUUUGAUUAAGAAGAAAAAACAUUUUAUCACGAUUUCAGUGUGGGCUGAUGACACUGCACACAAUAAUCGCAGUUUAUGUCUUAAAAACAGCAAUGACAUGCAUGAGUACCUUUCAAACAGGCAUCCGUAAGAAAUUAAUUUGUGUCAAUAAUUUCCACUGAUCAGCCUUUUAGGGUCUAUAGCUGAUGCUAGCUAACAAAGAUGGCAGGCCCUUGUUAACUUUGAUCUUCUGUGCUUUCGUUACACCGAACUGCAUCACAAUUUUAUUUCAGCUGCGUGGGGUCAUGCUUGAGGCAUGAAUAAGUUUUACAGGCUCUGAGGGGGUAGCAUUGGAAAUACUUGGAUUCAGUUUUAGAGGAAACGAGUUGCCUUUUCCAAAACUGGUACUGAUCUUUGCCUCCUGUCUGUGCCUCAAAACUGCUCGUGUGAAUUCCUUGCCAAGGUAUAGAGUACAGCUUCCACUCCUCACUGCACUGCUUUACACAAGGCAAUUUAAACCACGGAAAUUUUGAUUGAUCAAAAAAGUUGUGCACUGUAGCGGUAGAAGUCGAAUUAAAUGUAGGCUUGAAGAACUCUGCUUGCAGCUUCUCAUGAUAGUAAUACAAGGAUUGUUGCCAGCCCAUCAUAACAUCUCAGUUUCAAUGUAACCACUGAUGCGUUGUCACUGCAGCCUACAGCAUAAGUGCUGUUUGCUUUAUAUGAUGCGUAGUUGCCAAAGCUUACUCAGAUUUCCUUAAUGUAUUUUUCUUUGCUUUUCUUAUGAACUUGUCUUUGAAAAAAUCAUGCAGCUGGUUACUUGCUGGACAGCUCUUAUACAGUAGCUAUAGAAUACAGAUGCCAUCAGUCCCUGCACCACAGUUGUCGGUUGAGAUGCUUAAGUUGCAGAGAUGAAGUACACGAGCUUGUGCCUGAGCUAUUCAUGCCAUUGAUAGUGCCAUUAAAGGCACUAGCAUCAGCGUAUUUGCGCCAUCUCCUGUCAUACCUGCGCAAUUAUGGCGCCGACUCCGUCCAUCAUGCAUGUGUCAUGCACAAAGCCAAAUUUCAGGAGAUUCUAGAAUCUGUAGUCAUGCUGGGGAGAUGAAAGGGGGAAGGGAGUUGAGUGUCCCUUCAAAGUCCAAAUCUACUUUUUUUUUUCAUUCUUUAUUGACAAGAUACUUAUCGCAUUUAUUUUUGUCUUGUUUGCAGACAAUUUUAACCUGGAGAAAGUUGCUGUCAGCACACAUGAAGCAUUUGUAUAAUGACAUUUAGUAUUCUUUAUGAAUGCUUUUUCAUGUGACUGGGUACUUCAUUUUUUUAGUUACUGGCUAAUAUUGGAAGGGAAUUGAUUAGUAGUGUGUUACUCAUAUUUUCAUUGUAUACGUUUUCUUCUAAAUUUAUUAUUCAUGGCAGUUUCCGGUUGUACUUAUAUUUCUGCUAGUCUGUCACGUUUUGGUGAAGAUGCUUUAAUUUUACAAAAACUGCCAUGCUGAAGAGGCUGUGGGAGGGUCUUACGAAAAUAUGUUUGAAGAACUGGCAUGCUUGAUUUGCUGCUGUUAAGACUUGUGCUUUAAGAUGUUAUGAUAAUAUGAUAUACUUGAAGCAGUGUUCCUACAUUAUCAUGGCAUUUUCAGGACUGUAGAUAGCACUGUAGUACUUAUGUGUUUGUACUAUGUGGGCAAAUUGCACAUAAUGGGUGGCAUUUUCAUCUGUUCUGCGCAUCACCUCAUGCCUUAUUUUAGCAGUGAACAGCUUUGUUUUGCAGUCAUUCUAUAUGUACGAUUGUGCAAUUUUUAUUUGCAGACUGGUCUGCGGCAUUUGUUGACAAACUUUGGGAUUUAAUGCCUCUAGAAUAAUCUGGCAUUACUUGCUUUUCCAUAGAAAUGCCGAGAUCUGUCUUGUCUUCCAUAUGCCUGACUGUUCGGUUUUGUUUUGUAGAUUCGUGACUGUUAUCUUAUUGAAUAAUGUUGAGAUUUGCUUUUGGAACACUUCCCAUCAUUGUUAAAAACUUAAUACAACACUAUGAGGUAGGUUGUUUCCCUAUGAAAACAUAGUAUGGAAUAGGCAGUACCAUGUUUGUAUCACCAAGGUCGCUCAUUGUAUGUUUGGGUACUGGUAUUGAAUGCUGUCUUGAAUACACCAAUUCGAGACAGCAUAUCGGCCCCUUGUAACCUUUUGUGGGCAGCUUAUGUGCUCAGGCUCACACAGUAGCAACGUUAACCAAAGCUGCCAUUGCUAGACUUGCUUUUGUGGUGUUACAGACAAAAGAUAAAAUUCUUUGCAGAGUGUCUAGAGAAAACACCACAGAUUGGCUUGGAUAUAACCGAUUUAACAGCCAUUUCACUGUACCUAUCUGGAAGGGCCAUCAAAUGCAUAAUAAAGAUACUCGGGGGGUGGAGGGGACUUUAUUAUGCGUGUCUCUCCCAUCAUGCAACAUAUUACAGGUCCUUCCUGCAUGAAGUUGUCACUUCUGUGUAAUAGUCUUUGAACAGCAAAAUGACUUGUCUAAUUUGUCCAUGCACUAUGCUCGUUACAGUGGCUAUGCAUGGUCACAUAUCACAUUUCCUAAUGGGCUAUGCUCUAUUACUGUUUGAAAUUGCUCUUGUGUGAUUGCUCUGUGGCCAUGGCUUCACUGUAUAUUGUGCCUGCAGUGAAGGUACUGAAAGGCAAUAAAUGUAGGCAUGGGGGAAGUGCCACGGGUAUUUUUAUGUUUUCUAGAAGUGCACAUUGCCUCGGCAUUUGAAUGGUAAUGCGAUGGGUGCCCAUCACGUACGACGCAGUUGCCAGCAGAAAUUUAAGGCUGCAUCUACUUGCACCUUUGCGGCAUUUGUGUACACAUGCAUGCACAUGCACACAGGCACAUAGCUUAACAGAGCAUGUGGAGAGAUGCAGCGAGGUAUAAAGCGAUAGAAUAUGUCCGGUCUAUAGUAUUGUGGAUGGUGCAUGUACUGCACUGGGUGUGAUGUAGUGCUUUUGUGGAGACUAGGAGAGAGGCAAUCCAAAGAAACAGCUGCAUCUGCGUGAGCCAUUACAGCGCCUCUAUAGUACUACUUGACUAGUCAAACAACCAUAUAAUAGACUCAGAUAUAACAAAUUUUUGUGUAUAAAAGGUAAAUUAAAUAAUGUUUCUUGCUGAUAUUAGUAUGCAACAAAUAUAUGCUUAUAAUGAAUAUCAGCUAGAACGAAGGUACUUUUGCCUCGCACGCAACUUUAUUACGAGGUUUGAGUGUAAGUGGACAGGCAGCCCGCACAAAUGUCAAUGAAAGAUACGGUAGCAUUUGUGUGCAGCUGUUUCCCAUAUAACAAAAAAAUAUAAGGGGUGCUAUGACAUGAUCUGGACUUGGCUGUAGCAGUAUGUGUGUGUAAUGCUAACACAAUGAUGACACGUUUACGGUGUGGCACAAGGUGAUAGUAAUAUGUGUGUGUUAUGUGUAGUAGAGUUAGUAGCUGCAGAUCCUCCACGCAAAAACUGUGAUGUUCUUGCAGCCAACAUCCCAGUACGCCAUUGUUCAAUUUGUGAUAGAUUGGUGCUGUCGUAUGUGAGGAUCGAUGCGAUGCAUUCAGUCUGUGUAUGUCAAAUAUUUCUUCUUUGCCAUCUUAGACUUAUGCAUAACGCAUUUAGGUUGUAGUUUAACAAGCACAUGAAUUUACUGAUGUGCUCUGUGAUGGUGCUCGUGCCUUAUACACUUGCCUUAGAGCUGCCUUUUUUUGUUUCCUUAUGUGUGAGGCCUUAAUGUCAUUAUAAUUUUAGGGAUAUUUUUGUUGCUUUGUUUUAAAAGUGAGACAUGCAUGCAUGCUUGGCAAAUCCUUGUUGUUCCCGGUGAGCAUUAGAAAUAGAAAACACAAAAGGUUUGCCUAUUCUAUAUUAGUGCACCCAAAAGGGACAUUAGUGCACAUAGAAGGAAUAUUACUGUGUCCAAAAAUUUACUGCUGGCUUAGCAUUUGUGGUGAACCCAAACUCUCUUGCACAUAGAGCAUAUAAAGCGUCUAGCUUUAGGAUUGGCUAUCUCAAAAUGCUCUUUUAUUUAUUGCAAUAAAAUUUGACAUUUUUGCCAUUGCAGAAUUUGGGCCUAACAUGAAUAAACAUUGAAAUCUUCCGA